CUCGAAACGACCUUUAUUUGUCUUCUUUCCUUUUUCUUCCUCUUCUUCUCUCCCUCGCCGUUUACUAAAUUUAUCCUUCCUUGAGCCUCCAUUUCUAUCUCUGUCUCUGUCUCCGUGUCUUUCCCUCUCUCUUUUCUUCACAGUCUCAGUAUCUGAUUUUGCUUUUUCAGGCGGUCUUAAACUGAUCAUAAACAUUCUGGUUUUCAAAGGAAAUUGUGAUGGCGUUGACGAGAUGGAAGGAGAAACUAUGACAAGCGCAUAAAACGAAAUCAGUUGUUUAUUUAUUAAAGAGAAAUAACGAAGAGAGCAAUAGAAAUGAGAACGUUGUGUGAUGUAUGCGAAAGCGCCGCCGCGAUUCUUUUCUGCGCUGCCGACGAGGCCGCUCUCUGUCGCUCCUGUGACGAGAAAGUCCAUUUAUGUAACAAGCUUGCUAGUCGACAUGUACGUGUUGGGUUGGCUGAUCCUAGCGAUGUGCCCCGUUGUGACAUAUGUGAAAAUGCACCUGCUUUCUUUUACUGUGAGAUAGAUGGUAGUUCCCUCUGUCUGCAAUGCGAUAUGAUUGUGCAUGUUGGUGGUAAAAGAACGCAUGGGAGAUAUCUCUUAUUUAGGCAGAGAGUUGAGUUUCCAGGGGACAAACCAGGCCAUUUGGAUGAACUAGGACAGCAACAGCUUGAUCAAAAUGACACAAGGAGGGACCAAAAUCAGCCGCCUAUACUCACACUGAGAGAAAAUAAACAAAAUCACGGAGCAUCUUCUAUAACAAUGAUGGAGAACAACAUAGAUGGUGAUGGCAAGAUUGAUAAUAAAUUAAUUGAUCUUAAUGCCAGACCUCAGCGGGUACAUGGGCAAAAUUCCACUAACCAGGCUAUAGAUGUUAUGAGUGGUAAUAAUCAUGAAUCUGCAAGUGUGGUUCCUGUUGGAUCCUUCAAAAGAGAGCCUGAAAAAUAAGUGAGGUAUAAUCUACAUACUUCACAAUUCAUGAAGUCAGUCUGGUUCACAUGUACCGUUUCUCCAUUUAUUAUCACGUUAAUGUAAACAUCAAUGUCAUGGGAAAGCAUCCAGUUAGCUUUGACAUAGCAUUCCUCAAACUAAUUGUUGGAGAAGUCCUCUUAUUUGAAACUUAAAAGCUCUACUUCUUGUAAGAUGCUAAAGAAGAGAAUUGAGUAUAUCAUCAUUCUUAAUUAAAUAGAGGAUUAAAGAACUUUAUGGUUUAUAAAUGCAGAUGGUCUUUUCUACAUUCUAUUUUUGUAAGGCGAUUAGAUGUGUCGCACCGUUUGAUCUAAGCUGUCAAUUUCCAGAAUUUUCAUUUUUAAGUUUUCCUAGCUUGCAUUCGAAUUGCUGGAUACCUUUUUAAGAAUAUUCAAUCCUAUAACAUAAGUAAAGUUGGAGUACCUCAAAUGAAGAUGAUUUGACUAGAGAGGCUUCUUCUUGCAUGAUGAACCAAUUUAAUAAUCAGAUGAAAGCAAUGGUUCAUGAAGUAAAGGUAAUUGUUUACUCCAGAAUUGAUAGUUUUGCAGGUUGGCUCCUUAUUGUUGCGAUCAUUACAUUUGGCAGCAUAAUAUAGAAAAUUUGAAUCUUUAGAAAGUAACCUCAUGGAUGAUAAACAGAUGUCUCAUUUUGCUGAUAAGUAGUCCCUA